AUGGACGAAGCCUUCGCACAUCUCGAAGGGACGGAGAAGAAGGGCAGCAAAGCCUUAGCACCUCCUGACGGUGGCUGGGGAUAUCUUGUUUGUAUAGGCGUAGGAUUUACUUUCAUGCUAGGUUUUGGUUCCUCGAACGCCUUCGGAAUCCUAUUCAACAAUUUCUUCCUCGAGCAGGGCGGCGCAAGUGGUCUUCCUUUAGUUAUUGGAGUGUAUAAUGGGGCUCUGUCAAUAGCAGGUUUCUUGAGUGGAAUAGCUUUGAAGCGGUACUCCUUCAGACAGGUCGGGUUACUCGGAGCUGGGCUAUUUAUAUUGGGCGAUGUUCUGACCAUUUUCGUAACUAGAACAUAUCAAUUGGUUUUUACUUUUGGCGUUAUCAGAGGAGCCGGCUUCGGUGUCAUGAUUCCCGUUAGUUUUACAGCUUUCAACUGCUAUUUUACAAAGAAAAGAACGGCAAUGAUGAGCGCCAAUCAAACAAUGAGCAGUAUUGCCUCUAUUACAUUUCCUAUGCUUGUGACAUUCCUACUAGCUGAGUAUGGCUUCCGGUGGACGCUAGCUCUAAUUAUGGCAGUAGAUCUCCAUCUAUUGUUCGCCAUGUUGGUUAUGCAUCCAGUGGAAUGGCACAUGAUCAAAUUAGUAGGCUCUGAAUCAGACUCAGUAAAAAUUGUCGACAUCAACAAAAAACAAAUUAAAGUAGAAAAAUAUGAUGAGACUGUGGUCAAAAUGUUGACAGGUGAUGAUAAUGCUGUGGAAAUUAAAGAGAUGAGGACUCCAACUAAACACGAAUCGAUUCAAAAAAGUAUAAUGAAAAUAAUCUACGAUAAUGUUGAAUUAGAUUUACUUAAGGAUCCUCGAUUUGUUAGCACGCUAGUUGGUUUGGGUUUUGCAUUUGUCUCCGAUGUAACAUAUCUGGCAAUGGAACCGAUGUUGUUAUUUUCGUAUGGAUAUUCUAAGAUGCAAGUGGCGACGUGUGUGAUGGUGGGCGCAUUUGCAGAUUUAAUCGCGAGAUUUUUGUUAGCUGUAUUCACAUAUUUCUACACGGUCGAUAGCCGAAAAAUUUUCUUUGUUGGAACGUGUCUUACCAUAUUGUUACGUAUAGCGUUAGUGUGUUCCAGUGAAAUAUGGUUCGUGUUCACCAUAACGGUGAUUUCGGGGCUGGUGCGCUGUUCGGUACAGGUGCUCUUUCCUCUCGUCCUUGUCACAGCCGCACCCGACAGGUUUCCAGCUGCAUUGGCGCUACACAUCAUCUUUUCGGGAUUUCUGAUGCUUAUUGCUGACCCUUUAAUAGGCCUCAUAUAUGAAGCAACCGGGACAUACCUGUAUUGUUUCUUAGCAAUGAGUGUAUGCUGUCUCAUUUGUGUAGUGCUAUGGACUAUAGAGUAUAUAGUGUACCGUAAAAAAACAAGCUGA